AGGAAAGAAAGAAAGAAAGAAAGAGAAAGAGAAUGAAAGAAAGAAAGGUGGUUUUGUUCACAAGCUCACAACAAUGUGUCCUUAUGUCAGGAGACCCAACCAGGACCUAACCAGGAGAAAAGCCUGACCUCUGGGGGACGGAGUUCCUUGCCCUAAGCAUCCAGUCCUAUACAGGGCACCAUAUUGUGAGAAAGAGGUGACAAGCCAGAGAGAACCAGGAGAGGGAUAACCAGAUUAGAUGAGGGUUUGACCACCCAGAAGUUGAAUGAUGAGGACAACCAGAAACUGGGAAGAAAGAGCGCUUGGCUGGGGCCCGGGCAAGCUUCCAGUGUGGGAUUCAAACGUGGGGUUCCAAGCAUUAUGUUUGCCCAGCGAUGGAUCUGCUACUACCUGGGCGGUGGUGAGCCCCCACCUCACGCUGGGCCACCAGUAGCACCAUUUAUUGUGCCCCUGCUCCAGUCAAGCACAUGCUAGACCCUUUACGUCAUUAUCUCUUUUAAUUGGUACAAUAACCCCACGAGGUAGAGAUUAUUACAACUCUCAUUUUAAAGGAAGGCUGUGGAGCAGAAGAUUAAGUAACUAGCUUACGGCUCAAGAAGAGGCAGAAGCUAGACGAGAACCCAGACUGGGUGAUUCCCAAGGGGGCUGCGCCCUACCUCCCCAACAUUGAGCAGGUGUUUGUGCGGAGAGAACUGGGUAGUUCUUACAGUUUAAGGAGACGCUUAUGACCAACCCUUUGUGUUGUAAACAACAGUCAUUCUCCCUCUCAAAAUUCUGCAACAGAUUUCCGGGGCUCAGGAACUCUGAGAACCCCUGUGAUUGGACCCUAUUCGCUACACUCCCUAGCAGCUGGGGUUCUGGGCACGCGGCGGGGGCUUCGGGAUGGGCUGUGGACAGCGAGGGGGCGGUGCCCGGAGUCCCGCGUGGUGGGGCGUCGCCUGCAGGGGGCGCUGGCGGCGGCUCCUGGCGGAGACAAUCGCACUGAGCGGCCGCCGCAGCAAGAGCUGGAACGCGAGCGGGAGCCCGAGCCGCGCGGCGCGGCGCAGAGCUGGGGCUGAGCGGGGCCGGCCGAGUGGGGCCGGGCAGGAGCCAUGGGCCAUUAGGGCCGGGCCGAGCCCCGCGAUGCCGCCGCAGAGUGGCCCCAGCGUCCUCGCGCGGCUGCUGCCGCUGCUGGGGCUGCUGCUCGGCGGCGCCUCCCGGGCUCCCGGCAAGUCGCCGCCGGAGUCCCCCAGCCCGCAGGAGAUUCUGAUCAAGGUGCAGGUGUACGUGAGCGGGGAGCUUGUGCCCUUGGCCCGGGCCUCAGUGGAUGUAUUUGGGAACCGGAUGCUGCUGGCCGCCAGCACCACGGAUUCAGAGGGCGUGGCCACAGUGCCCCUCAGCUACCGCUUGGGCACCUGGGUGCUGGUCACUGCUGCCCGCCCUGGCUUCCUCACCAACUCUGUGCCCUGGCGUGUUGACAAGCUGCCCCUGUACGCCUCAGUCAGCCUCUACCUGCUGCCUGAGCGGCCGGCCACCCUCAUCCUCUAUGAGGACCUGGUUCACAUCCUCUUGGGCUCUCCUGGUGCCCGCUCCCAGCCCUGGGUGCAGUUCCAGCGCCGGGCUGCCCGCCUACCCGUCAGCUCUACCUACAGCCAGCUCUGGGCCUCGCUCACACCUGCCAGCACCCAGCAUGAAAUGUGGGCUUUCCCUGCCUUCCUGGGCACGGAGGCCUCCAGCUCAGGCAAUGGCUCCUGGCUGGAGCUGAUGCCCGUGGCUGCUGUGAGCGUGCACCUGCUGGCAGGUAAUGGGACAGAGGUGCCGCUCUCAGGCCCCAUUCACCUGUCCCUGCCUGUGCCCUCGGAGCCUCGUGCCCUCACCGCGGGCACCAGCAUUCCAGCCUGGAGGUUCGACCCCAAGAGUGGGCUGUGGGUACGCAAUGGCACUGGUGUGAUCCGGAAGGAAGGCCGGCAGCUCUACUGGACCUUCAUCUCCCCUCAGCUGGGGUACUGGGCGGCUGCCAUGGCCUCCCCCACGGCUGGGCUGGUCACCAUCACGUCGGGCAUCCAGGACAUCGGCACCUACCACACCAUCUUCCUGCUCACCAUCCUGGCAGCCCUGGCCCUGCUGGUGCUCAUUCUGCUGUGUCUGCUCAUCUACUACUGCCGGAGGCGCUGCCUGAAGCCGAGGCAACAGCACCGCAAGCUGCAGCUCUCCGGGCCCUCUGACGGUAACAAACGAGACCAGGCCACCUCUAUGUCCCAGCUGCAUCUCAUCUGUGGGGGACCCCUGGAGCCAGCCCCGUCGGGGGAUCCCGAGGCUCCACCUCCAGGCCCCCUCCACUCAGCCUUCUCCAGCUCCCAUGACUUGGCCGCCUCCCGGGACGACUUCUUCCGUGCCAAGCCGCGCUCCGCCGGCCGCCCAGCCGCCGAGCCUGCGGGUGCCCGCGGGGGCGAGGGCGCCGGGCUCAAGGGCGCCCGCUCCGUCGAGGGUCCCGGCGGGCUGGAGCCAGCCCUGGAGGAGUACCGGCGGGGCCCCCCGGGGACCGCGGCCUUCCUGCAGGAGCCGCCCUCGCCGCCACCUCCCUUCGAGCACUACCUGGGCCACAAGGGGGCAGCCGAGAGCAAGACCCCCGACUUCCUGCUGUCUCAGUCGGUGGACCAGCUGGCGCGGCCGCCGUCGCUCAGCCAGGCGGGGCAGCUCAUCUUCUGUGGCUCCAUCGACCACCUUAAGGACAGCGUCUACCGCAACGUCAUGCCCACCCUGGUGAUCCCCGCGCACUACGUGCGCCUCGGCGGCGAGGCGGGCGCAACGGGGACGAGCGACGAGCCGGCCCCGCCCGAGGGCGCGGCCCCCGGCCCGGCGCGCCCUUUUCCCCAGCCCGACCCCCAGCGCCCGCUGAUGCCGGGCCACUCGGGCGCGGGGGGCGAGGGCGGCGGGGGUGGCGGCAGCGAGGGCUGGGGGAGUGGGCGCUCGGCACCGGUCAGCGGCUCGGUCACCAUCCCCGUGCUGUUCAACGAGUCGACCAUGGCGCAGCUCAACGGGGAGCUGCAGGCGCUGACCGAGAAGAAGCUGCUCGAACUGGGCGUGAAGCCUCACCCGCGCGCCUGGUUCGUGUCCCUCGACGGGCGCUCCAACUCGCAAGUGCGCCACUCCUACAUCGACCUGCAGGCGGGCGGCGGCGGCGGCCGCAGCACCGAUGCCAGCCUGGACUCGGGCGUCGACGUGCACGAGGCGCGGCCGCCGCGCCGGCGGCCCCUGCGGGAGGAGCGGGAGCGCACUCCUGCUGCCGCCCCGCCGCCGCCACCGCCGCCGCCGCCGCCGCCCGCGCCCCCGCGCCUGGCGCUCAGCGAGGACACGGAGCCGAGCAGCAGCGAGAGCCGCACGGGCCUCUGCUCCCCGGAGGACAACUCGCUGACACCGCUGCUGGACGAGGUGGCGGCGCCCGAGGGCCGGGCGGCCACGGUACCCCGGGGGCGGGGCCGCAGCCGCGGGGACAGUUCCCGCAGCAGCGCCAGCGAGUUGCGGCGCGACUCGCUCACCAGCCCGGAGGACGAGCUGGGGGCGGAAGUGAGCGACGAGGCGGGCGACAAGAAGAGCCCGUGGCAGCGGCGGGAGGAGCGGCCGCUCAUGGUGUUCAACGUCAAGUAGCACCCGGCCUGGCGCCGCCUCCGGGCCGGCCCCCGCCGCCUCCGCCUGGGCCCGCCCCCAGGGUGCGUGCUCCGGUGGGCCGCGGGGCCCCUCGCCCUUAGCCCCCAGCCCCGGCCUGGAAAGAUGCCCGGGGGCCUGCGGAGCUGUCCGGUGGUAUGUGCUGGGUAAUGUCUCGGGAGGGACCCGUGUCUGCCUCCGAGAGGGAGGUGGGAGGGGUCCAGACCCCCGAUGGGAGGUGCUGGGAGGAGGGCUGGGUGGGGGGAAAGCAGUGCCUGUAUAAACGUGGCUGUACAUAGAAAGCUCUAUCGUGGGAAAGCAGGAGGGGCACCUGGGCCUCAGCUGCUAGUGUGAGGGCUGGGAAGGGAGGGGCGUUCUAGUGGACCCCUGGGAGGGGAGGGGGUGCCGCUUGCCGACUAGCCCACCUCUGGGCUACGAUGUCACAGGGCUGGAGGCUGGGGCGGCUCUGGGGACUAGGGGAUAAUGUGAUGGGAUCGCUGUGGGCAACAGCAAAUAUAAAACUGGUGAGAUAAA